AUGGAUCACUUAGUAGAUGCCGGGUGGGGUCCCAUAUUUGAGGACAAGUCUCGUGCAAAUGUGGGCACUGUCCGAGCCUUUUAUACCCAUAUUCGAGAGUCAACGCUGGAGCCUUUGCAAUUCAAAAUCCUCGUGGGAAGGCGAGAAGCCACGGUUGACGUGGGCUUAAUAGCGCGACUCCUGGGAAUGCCACUUGGCGAAGUCAAUGCUAGUGAGAAGAGUCUUAAGAGGGUCUUUGCCCAGAGUAUGGGUGUGGCUCCACCUGCAUCACCUAUGUACCCUGCUGGGAACGCGAGUGUCAGCGGCACCUUCGAGCGAUUCCAGCGCUUGUGGCCUCCCACUUUCGCGGAGCAGAUGGAGUUGGUCACCCACAUGUUUGAGAAGGAGGCCCGCCUUUGGUGGGAUAGCGUUCUUCGGACCAUUGUUGUCGGUUACUUAUGGACGUGGGAGGCCUUCGAGACACGCUUCAAUGAGAAGUAUUUCCCCCUUACGUACCGCCAUGAGAAAGAGGGAGAGUUUCUUCGCCUCCGAUAG